GUUCGGCUGAACAAUAAAGUCUCAUCAUUACUUUUUCUUACGACAAUCGUUGCAUUCCAGUUUUCCCAUUGCCAGACAACUUUUCCUCACGUCAUUGCAUGAGAUCAAUAAAAUCUUUCCUUCGAAAUAUGAAACUACUUUUUCGCUUGGGGCAUGCCAAUGUAUAGAGAUAAAUCUUCUAUGUAUCGUGCAUCAUUCCACCACCUGUGUCUAUACUCCUUCGGCUUAUCAUGCUAAAGAGAAUGUAUAUGUGCGUUUAUUUAUUCAGUGCUUUCAAAAUCGAGUCAGUUGGAAAUUCAUGAACGAAAUGCUCGGUAAAUGAUUGUGCAUUCAUCCGAAAUUCAUUUUCCUCCUUGUUUACUCUGUUCUCUUUUCUCGUUUUUUUUUCGCAACGAAAUUGCUUUAUGCAUCGAUCUACUCCUAGCGGACGUAAAAAUGGGCCAAAAUAUUUUUGGAGAUAAUACGAUGAAGCGGUGUAAAUGUAUCAACGGUCAAUGGGAUUAUUUUAUGGACAAGAGAAUAAAGUAGUAGUUAAUCAACUGACCAACCCAGGCUUUGAAUUCGUAGCUUGUACCGAGAGGUGCUCCGUUGUAUUUUUGAGGUGGACGUAGACGAAUUGAUGGCGGUGCAACUGCUGGUACUUCCACCGAAAAUGGAUAAGCAUUGGGCCCUCGACUUCUGAUGAGUGCUUCCUGAAAAAUACAAUGAUACGACGAAAGGCUGUGAAUGAGUUUAUCUCUACUUUUUUUUUAUCACUCUCAAUGCUGGAACUUUCAUAUAAAAUUCCCUGUAGGUAUUCUAUCGGGUUUUGCCCUCCAGUGUUUUGCUACCAUUGUCACAAACUCAACAGCUAUCUCUCAAAAGUCCAUCUGAGAAUCAACAUGGUUUUUUUCUCAGGGACAGGAGUAAAUAUCUGUGGUGGGAGAGUGUUGUUGUUGGGGAAAAGGGGGAGGCAGAUAUUGCACUAUCCGAGUUUAUUAACAUUAUUAGUGAUAGUUUAGAAGGUUUGAGAGCUGUAAACAUUUCUGAUUGAAAAAAAUACAUCUUAUUCUUGAGUAGUAUCACGGGAAGAAUUUUCUUUUACAUUUGAACAUUAUUAUUGAAUACUCAUCUUAUUAAUCAUAAAAUAUGUUAGACAUUUAGGGAGUCAAUUCACUGAUUCAAAAGUUUGAUUAUAAAUAACAGCCACAAUAAAGUUCUAUACGCAGUGAGAAUUUAAAGCAGCAGAUAUUGAUCCCCCGGAUGGUAAAAUAUAUCUGCACAAUGGCUCUUUAAAUAUGAAACAAGGAAUAAAAAAUUUUCUUACCACCCGGUUCUUGCACUAAGUAGAGUGCUGAAUAAAUACAUUUACGUGACGAGUAACGAAGAGUAAGGGUCAUUGCGUCAAGGAAUCUGAAGAGUUCACUGAAAACAAGUGAAGGAAGAAUUUAAACCAUCGUUAAGAAGAUAUAAUAGAGUGAAAUUUCUUCUGUCCCUUCUACAUUUAUGAGAUGAAUGGUGAUUUUAUCAAUAAAAUAUAUUUAGGAUUUGUGAGCAUUGUGAAUCCUCGCCCAGAUAAAUACCGAUCAAUCCUUCUUGGCAGUAAUAUCCAAUUAUAAAAAAUAUUCUUCCUUAUUUUGUGUAAUAUCUUAUAGCCUGAUAAAUCGAAUGCAUAAUCCAAUUAUCGAAUGAAUUUUUCGAUUUUAGUAAUAGAGUAUCAUUUGGUCAUUGUUUAUAGUAUUACCUCCAUUUCGGUUCAAUCACGUCAUUUGAUUUUCCGCCAUUUCCUUCGCGAGUUAAUCGAAAAGUUUUCAGAGGGGACGAGAGAAUACAUCUCCAUUUGAUUGUAGUAUAGCAUAACCACUGGUUUUGUGGAGCUAUUAAUGAAAUUACAAGAAGAGUCUAGGUGGUUUUUUUUCUUCAUCUCUCUACGAGUGAAGAAUAAUCCAGGAAGUAGAAUUGUUUCAUAUUUCAAGUGGAUAGUACCGUUGGGAAUCUUUAGUAAUAAUUUUCAAGGUAAGGUGGCACAGUAGAGCUGGGAAUUUAUCAAAACUUUGCAGUUUAAACGUGGGCCUGUGGGCUCUCAAACUUGGGAACACCGAGUAUUUCUCGCUUGUGCAUAUUUCGUGAGUUUUGUAGUUUUGCAUGAAUUGCAGAGGCUAAAGGAGUUCAAGGAUACUCGCGGAAGGAGAGGGUGAGAAUAUGGGCUUCAAUGAAGGCUGAAAAGGACUGUUUAUACGUUAUAUCGGAGGUGGAUUAUAUUGUAUAAAACUCGAAUGGAUACAUAAAGUAGGGUAGAGUUUGUGAGAUAGCUUUGUAAGCAGUAAAUUCAUGAGACGGCUUUAGCCAGCCAACUGUCCUCGGGGUGAAAAUUUUCGCGCAUCGACGCGAUGAAUUUUCAAAAUAAUAUUUGAAUGAUAAAAUUGAAAUGACCCUGACUCAAAGCGGUUAUCCUUGAUUGUGUUAUCUAUCCAAUAGCCUGAUGGCUGUUUAAUCGUGUUUUAAUGCUACUGAUUUCAUUGCCAGCUGUAUUAGCCUCUUAUUCAACUUCUUUGAACUGGAAAUUGGACACUUGUGGAUCUCACAGUAUGCAAGCGAGUAAAAUUGGUAGUGCAGCAGUCGGGCCUGGGUCACGUUCGAGGCCAAGGUCAGGUCUCGGUCUUCUGACGUCAGCGGUUUUCAUUUGUCGACAGGGAUGUACUGCUAGAGCCACCGUCGGAGUCACAAUCCCACUAAAAUACACAUUCUCGAUAUCCCCGGAGAUGAUACACUACCUUUUGAAUAUUCCGUCGCAAUUUGGUGACUCUGUUGCAUUGGGUUUUAUAAAAGGUCUGGAGCAAUUCGUAUGUUGA